GGAAUUUUUGAAACAUCGACGGAUUUGUCCCGUAGCAACGGAGGAAGCGCACUUGUCAUUUAGUAAACAACAAAGAUGGCGAGCACACAAGACGAUGCCGAUAAACCUAAAAGUAAAAGGUUAUUCGUGAACCAAGUUGACAGAUUUCAAGGCAAAAACUUAGCGAAGUAUCUGUCAAGAUGUGUCGUCGGUGCCUCCCUUGAGGAGCCAGAGGAGGAAGACGAUGCCAAGUCAACUGACAGCAUCAUCCCAGCCCCUAAGGAAGGCUGUUAUGAAAUUGUUGGAACUACAAAGGAACGUGGUCAGAAUGUUGACAAACCUGAAUAUGUGAAGGAAUUGGUUAAUUUUGAGAACAAAGAUCAGUUGUACGAAUUCCUUGUGGAAUGUGAUGUUAUUGUGUACGACAUCACAGAAGACCCCGACCAGAUCGACGAGGCAGUGUGGGCCGUAUCUGAGCUUCACUCUGACCUUGAGAAGAUUGAGAAGCCCAAGAUGUUUAUCCUCAUUUCUUCUGUGAUGACAUGGGCCAAGAGCAAACCCCUGGACCCUGACGAUCCUGAGAUCCCAUUCACUGAGGAUGACUACCGCAGGAGGAAGCCUCACCCAAACUUCAAGGAGCACAUCAGUGCAGAGAAGACUGUCAUCAAGCUCGGCAAAACUAACAAGAGUAAGCUGGUGACAUACGUGGUGGCGUCAGCGCUCAGCUAUGGAGCCGAGGAGCACAUCUUCCACUAUCUCUUCAAGUCUGCCUGGCACAAUGCUCCUGAGCUCCUGUGUUUUGGCAAUGGACAGAAUGUUGUACCCACCAUCCACAUCCGUGACCUAGCUGCGGUGAUUCAGAACAUAGCAGACAGCAGACCUAAAGUUAGAUAUCUAAUUGCUAAAGAUGAUUCUAACAACACAUUGGAAGAAAUUGUCAAGGCAGUGAGCUCCACUCUGGGGACUGGAAAGUUCAAGACCAUUACUAAAGAAGAGGCCCUUCUUAACAAAGAAAUUGAGCAAAGUGACUUUGACAUGCUCCUGGUAAAUCUGAGGAUGGACGCAGUGAAUGUGAAGGAGAACAUGCGUAUCACUUGGGCCUCUGAGGCUGGCAUUGUGGAGAACAUCGCAGCCAUCAUCAAGGAGUACAAGGACACACGCAACCUACAUCCCCUGCGUGCCUGCGUUCUGGGACCCCCUGCAGUGGGCAAGUCUACAGUCAUAAGACAGCUGUGUCACCAUUACAAGCUCCAUCACAUCAAGCUAAAGGAUGUUAUUGAUGAGGCUAUGGAAAAUCUGACCACCAUGGCGCGGCGUGCAGAUGCUGAGGACCAGGAGGAUGAUGAGGGUAAGGCCCAGGAUGCCCAGGAGCUCCUCAACACCAUCAACGAGGGCAAGGAGCAGAACGGGGGCCGUUUGGAGGACCAGUACGUGCUCAAGUUCUAUAGGGAUAAACUCAUGUCCAUGCCCUGCCAGAACCAGGGCUUCAUACUCGACGGGUUUCCUAAGACCAUGGAGCAGGCCAAGGAUCUCUUCCAAUCUGAGGACGACGAGGAGCCCGAGGAAGCUGCCAAGGUGGGGACGUUCAACAAGCUGAUCAUGCCAGAGUUUGUGGUCAACCUGGAGGCCAACGACGAGUUCCUCAAGAACCGCAUCAUGAACCUGCCGGAGAGCGAGGUUGUGGGCACCCACAACACUGAGGAGGGGGUGGUGCGCCGCAUCGAGGUGUAUCGCUCCAUCAACACUGAGGACGAUACCGUGCUCAACUACUUUGAUGAGCUGGAGUUCCACCCGGAAAAAAUAGAUGUAACCAAGGACACCUCUCCAAUGAUGAGGGAAACAGUCGAAAGAAUCAAGAAAAUCAUCGGAAAAGCUAGAAACUAUGGCCCGACACCUGAGGAGUUGGAACAGAUCCAAAGAAAGGAGGAGCAGGAGAAGCAGCGUCUGGAGGAACAACUGAGGCAGGAGAAGGAGAGGAAGGAGGCGGAGGAGGCAUCUGAGAGGAAGAAACGCCAGGAGGAAUGGACGCAGCAGUUGAAUGAUGUGAAGCGGGAGGAGUAUGAGAAACUGGAGGCGGAGUCAAUCCCACUGAGGAACUACCUCAUGAAGCAUGUGAUGCCCACCCUCACCCAGGGUCUCAUUGAGUGCUGCAAGGUCAGGCCUGACGACGCCAUUGACUACUUGGCAGAAUACCUGUUCCAGCAGAACCCACAAGUUGACUAAAGCCUUGGCAGAUAUAGAACAACACUUGACCAUUAACUAUGGACAAUGGUCAUAAACAUUGUCUACAUGAACUGAGCAGUGUAUUGCAAGUUGUGUUUCUUGUAUCAGUGAUAACUGUGAUAUUUUAAGUAGUUGUGUAUAAUUCAUAAAACAAUUGAAGAAGAAUAGAUUGUGUUUUAAUGCAUUUGUGAGUUUUGAUUUGAUUUAACAUUUCCGGUUAUAUAUGCAUGUCUGUAAAAUGUGAAGUUUACAUGUUUAAAGAAUAGCAAUAAAUGAAACUAAAUUGA